ACAAGCAACCUCACACAACAGAAGAAAAGAAAAAGGGGAAAAGAGAGUGAGAUUCGAGAGAGUAGAGAACGAGAGGAGAGGGGAACAUAAGAGGGAGACCGCGCUAGCCACCGCACCACGUCGCCGCGCCCAGCUCGCUGCCAGUCGCCGAAGGGAGGAGCGCGACCACCACAAGGAAUCGUCAUCGUCGUUGCUGAGCUGGGAGAGAGAAAGCGUCGUCGUUCUGCUUUCCAUCAAGUCCGUUCCGCCGCUGCCGUUGCACCGUGCCGCCACUCCACGCCGUUGACGCUGUUCACCGAGGGAAGACGAAAGUGACAAAGGUUCCUGGUGCCACCGUCACAGUGGAAGAAACCUAGAGAGAGAAACGAACGAGGAGCUCGAAGAGAGGGAGCGUCGUUCUUCUGCUGUUUCUGCCUAGCGUCCCUGCCGCCGGAAUUCUUGAGCGCCGUCGUUGUUCAUGGAGUAUCUGAGAACAUUGGAGCUGCGAGCCUGUGACGAACUGUUCCCGUGCGUGUGAAGAUGGAUGAAAUGACGUCAUCGAGUCCAACAGUGAGCCAGCGUGACCAGUGGAUGGUUGAGUCGCAAGUGUUCCAGAUUUACCAGCUUUUCGCGACGAUCCCUCCCAACGCCCAAUCACUCAUGUAACUAAUUCACUCACUCACUUAAUCCUCUUAAUUAUUCUCUGUUUUCUGUAAUCAUUCUCCUCUUUGUUACUGGAUCAUCCACUCGAUUGCUUUGUUGGGAGAAUCCAUCGACGAUGAACUCCAAGACAACACUGUCGAGUUUCUCAACCGUUGCAAGGAUCCGAAUGGUGGUUUUGCUGGGGGACCAGGCCAGAUGCCUCAUCUUGCCACAACAUAUGCUGCUGUCAAUACCCUUAUUACUUUGGGUGGUGAUAAAUCUUUAGCAUCCAUUAAUAGAGAUAAACUGUAUGGGUUUCUACGGCGGAUGAAACAACCAAAUGGCGGAUUCAGGAUGCAUGUUGAAGGAGAAAUUGAUGUUCGAGCUUGCUACACGGCCAUUUCUGUCGCAAGUGUUUUGAACAUUUUGGAUGAAGAGCUGACCCAGAAUGUUGGGGACUACAUUCUAAGCUGUCAAACUUAUGAGGGUGGCAUUGCUGGUGAGCCAGGUUCUGAGGCUCAUGGUGGGUACACCUUUUGUGGAUUGGCUGCAAUGAUUUUGAUUGGGGAGGUUAAUCGCUUGGAUCUGCCUCGAUUAGUUGAAUGGACAGUAUUCCGGCAAGGUAAGGAGUGUGGAUUCCAGGGGAGAACAAACAAAUUGGUGGACGGAUGCUAUUCCUUUUGGCAGGGAGGUGCUGUUGCACUAUUACAAAGAUUAUAUUCUAUUAUUAACAAACAAAUGGCCGAAGUCUCAAAUAUUUCUAGCAUACCUGAGGAGAAAGUCUGUCUGCAUGGAACCUCCAGUGAUGCAGCAUCCCAUCUCUGGCAUGAAGGCAUGAGUGAAUCCUGUUCAGCUGAUUUUAAGAAUAUAGGUUAUAACUUCAUUAAUGACUGGAGAGCAAAGGAUCCACUGUUUCACAGCAUUGCCUUGCAGCAAUAUAUUCUUCUAUGCGCACAGGAGCAAGAUGGUGGACUUCGAGACAAACCAGGUAAACGCAGAGACCACUAUCACACAUGUUACUGUUUGAGUGGACUUUCAUUGUGCCAGUAUAGCUGGUCAAAGCACCCAGAUUCUCCACCUCUACCUAAGGCAGUGUUGGGCCCUUACUCCAAUCUUUUAGAACCUAUACACCCUCUCUAUAAUGUUGUUUUAGAACGAUAUCGUGAAGCUCAUGAAUUCUUCGUUGGUGGAUCAUGAUUAGUAUAGUUAUGCCCAUGUUUUGUUUCACUUUGAUGUAAAAUGCUACUAUCUAAAGCUGUAUUUAUUCCUAGAAUGUGUACACCAAUUUCGUUACAACAUUAAUGUACUUAACUAUAGGAUUGGUGGGUUACAUAUUGUUUUAAUAAUAUAAACAAUAGUACUAGGUAAAUAAGUUCUUUUCAA